UAUCAAAAUGUACCAUUAGACGACGACUGCUUGUUGACCAUGUUUAGAUAUGUACCACCCAGAAUAUAUAUCAUUCGAUCAUAUACAACAUCAUGCAUUGCCCAUGCUCAAACAUUUCAACAACCCCACAACUUUAACGUAUUCCAAUUCAACGCUACUCUAAAAGACCUAGUUAAAUCAGGCCAAUUAAGGCAUGCCCGCCAACUGUUUGAUAAAAUGCCUCAAAGAGAUGAAGUCACAUGGGCCACUAUAAUGUCUGGCUAUGUUAAGGCAUCCGAUUCUUCUGAAGCUUUGUCUUUGUUUUCCAAAAUGUGGGUCGAGCCUGGUCAACGAAUGGAUCAGUUUUUACUUAGUUUAGUGCUUAAGGCAUGUGGUAGUGGUUGCAGUGUUACACGAGGAGAAUCGGUUCAUGGGUAUUGUGUGAAAACGGAUUUCGUGAGUUCUGUUUUUGUGGGUAGUGCUCUUUUGGAUAUGUAUAUGAAAGUAGGGAAAGUUUUUGAAGGUUGUAGAGUGUUUGAUGAGAUGCCGAUAAGGAACGUGGUUUCUUGGACUGCAGUUAUAACCGGGUUGGUUCGUGCUGGUUUGAAUAUGGAGGGAAUAUCGUAUUUUGCUAAGUUGUGUAGAAACGGUAUGCAGUAUGAUUCGUAUACCUUGGCUAUUGCGUUGAAGGCGUGUGCUGAUGCUUGUUUGUUACGUACUGGUAAGGAAAUUCAUGCGCAGUGUUUAAAGAAAGGUUUUGAUAAGGCUUCAUUUGUGGCUAAUACUCUUACUACUAUGUACAGUAAAUGUGGGAAGGGAGAAUAUGCCUUGAGCUUGUUUGAAAGAUUUGAAACUAAAGACGUGGUUUCGUGGACUACAAUUAUUACAGGAUAUGUUCAAAUGGGUCAAUAUCACCUCUCUAUUCAAGCAUUCUUGCGUAUGCGAGAAUCAGAGGUGAGUCCUAAUGAGUAUACUCUUGCAGCAGUUAUCUCUAGCUGUGCAAAUAUUGCUACAAUUGAUUUAGGUGAACAGUUACAUGCUUAUGUGUUUUGUAAUGGUCUUAUCGGUUGUAUGUCGGUAGCUAAUUCAAUCUUGACAAUGUAUUCAAAGUGCGGGAAGCUACAUUUAUCUACAAUGGUUUUUCAAGAAAUGACUCAAAGAGACAUAUUUUCAUGGAGCACUAUAAUUGGAGGGCAUGCUCAAGGUGGUUUUGGAGUGGAAGCUUUUGAAUACUUUUCAUUAAUGAGAAAAAAUGGAUCAAAACAGACUGAUUUUGCGUUAGGUAGUGUAUUGAGUGUGUGUGGACAAAUGGCGAUUCUUGAACAAGGUAAACAAUUACAUGCACAUUGCAUUAGUAUUGGUCUAGAUCAUACAUCUAUGGUUCAGAGUGGUUUAAUCAAUAUGUAUUCUAAAUGUGGAAGCAUUCAAGAGUCUUUUAAGAUCUUUAAUGAGGCUAAACAUAACGAUCUUGUGUCAUGGACCUCCAUGAUUAAUGGGUAUGCUGAACAUGGGUUGAGUCAACAAGCUAUAGACUUGUUUGAGCGGCUCACUGAGGUUGGUCUAAAGCCAGACACAGUCACCUUUAUCGGUGUCUUAACCGCAUGUAGCCAUGCUGGUUUAUUAGACUUGGGUUUGCAUUAUUUCAACUUAAUCACAAAUUACAAGCUUAGUUUGUGUAAAGAACAUUAUGGUUGUAUGAUUGAUCUUCUUUGCAGAGCUGGGCGGUUACAUGAGGCUGAAAACAUGAUAAAUAACAUGCCAUUUAGUGGUGAUAUUGUUAUAUGGUCAACUUUGCUAAGAGCUUGUAGAUUACAUGGUAACGUAGAAUUAGGAACGCUUUCAGCAAAAAAGGUUCUUGAGAUGGACCCCAGUUGUGCAACAACACAUAUUACACUAGCGAAUCUGUAUUCUGCUACAGGGAGAAGGAGAGAAGCAGCAGAAAUGAGAAGAUUGAUGAGAACCAAAGGUGUUAAAAAGGAACCUGGAUGGUCUUGGGUUAAACUUAGGGAUUGUGUGUUUGCAUUUGCGGCAGGAGAUCAUUCACAUCCUCAAUGUGAAGAUAUGUUUAACCUAUUGGCAUUAGUGUCUUCUACAGAAGAAGAGCUUGGAAAAGACUUGCUACCAUACAACAUAGAUGAACAAGAGGAGGAAUUUGGGUAUCAAGAUAUAGGUGAAUUUGAAGCAACUGGUAAGAGUACUUUUUUUUUUACCAGAAAACUCAUGGGUGCAAGUCGUGGAGACGAUCUUUUUUCAGAAAAGUCAUUGGUGCAAGACUGCAAGUAGUAAGAUUAUAACCUUUUGGCAAGUCAGGGAUUAUAGUCAUGGAAACAGCUUUUUCUCUAACUACAUCUGAAAAAAAUAUGUACAGAAGCUGUUGUUCUGGAGCAAAGCCGAGAAGAGUUGAGUUACAAGAUUUGAGGUUGUACUGAUUUAUUAAAACCUUUAUUAUGAUUGGACAAUGAAGUGGAUGUUGGGUGAGGGUUAAUCAUCAGAUCAGUUGCAGCAUCUCUGGCAAGAUGAGUUUUGGUUUUGAGUUUCUGUUCAAAGUUCAAACACGUGAGUUGGGUCAGAGUUGCUAAGGUAUUGUUCAGUUUACCGGACACUAUUUGCAUGAUUUUUGUCUCAGUAGAGUAUUUUAGUGGCCUGUUUCAGUCCUUUUCCCCAUAGCCAUAAGUGAGGACAGCUUGCUUUACUUUCAGUGGCAUGGAUAGUGGACACCAUUUGCAUAACACUAUUUGUAUAUUUUAGUCUCAAGAUUACGAGUUGCUACAUUCAAAGGAAGCACUCAGUUAUAAGGGUUGAUGGGCAGAUGCUUUUGAUGAAAAGAUAUUUAGGCUGACUUUUAGGUUCAGACAGCCCAUUUUCGAUACAUACAAACAAAGGAAACGAGGAUUCUAACCAGACGAUUAAGAAAAACGUGGAGCAUCCCAACUGUUGGAUAGAAUGAAUCCCCAACAAUGGCAAUAACAACUUCUUGUUUAACAGCAUAAACCGUAAUUUCAUCACAUUUUGGUGCCUCUACCAUUGUUUUAUGCAGCUGCGAAAACUCCGAAAUGAAUUACUCUGAACUUAGGCAGUGAGUUCAACAAUGGUGGUGAGUUGAUAGGAAGAAUGAGGAGUAGUGAUGGUUGGAAUUUAUAGGCGCAUCCUGUGAUUUUCUAGACCACCCAACAAGAAAAAAGAACCUACAUUUGUACAUAUCAGAGAAAAAUAAUUUUUUAAUACAUAUAUGUGAAAGUUAUGAUUGUUUAUAAUUAUUGUUAUUAUUUGUGAUCAACUUUAGUUAUAUUUUAAUAGUGGAUCAUCUAGAUAGUUGAUUAUUAGUUGGACGCCUAAUUUACUAAUUUGAAGUAGAAUUAUAAAAA